UGUGCGCGUGCUCCGGGGGUGGGGGCACCCACAGCCGCGGGAGCGGUGGUGGUGGUGGUGGUGGUGGUGCUGCUGGCGGCGGCGGCAUCACCAUGUUUCUCCACUCCGUCAACCUCUGGAACCUGGCGUUCUACGUCUUCAUGGUCUUUCUGGCCACCCUGGGGCUGUGGGAUGUCUUCUUCGGCUUCGAGGAGAACAAGUGCAGCAUGAGCUACAUGUUCGAGUACCCCGAGUAUCAGAAAAUAGAACUUCCAAAGAAACUGACAAAACGCUAUCCAGCAUAUGAGUUAUAUCUUUAUGGCGAGGGAUCCUAUGCUGAAGAGCACAAAAUUCUCCCUUUGACGGGAAUUCCAGUUCUCUUUCUUCCUGGUAAUGCUGGAAGUUAUAAGCAAGUCCGUUCCAUCGGCUCUAUUGCGCUUAGAAAAGCAGAAGACAUUGACUUCAAGUACCACUUUGACUUCUUUAGUGUGAACUUCAAUGAGGAGCUGGUGGCGCUGUAUGGGGGAAGUCUUCAGAAGCAGACCAAGUUUGUGCAUGAAUGCAUCAAAACAAUUCUCAAACUCUACAAGGGUCAAGAAUUUGCUCCAAAAAGUGUGGCAAUAAUCGGUCAUUCUAUGGGUGGCCUUGUUGCAAGAGCAUUGCUUACACUGAAAACUUUCAAACAAGAUCUGAUAAACCUCCUUAUUACACAAGCCACACCUCAUGUCGCCCCUGUGAUGCCAUUAGAUCGUUUCAUUACAGAUUUUUAUAUGACUGUAAACAACUAUUGGAUCUUAAAUGCUCGACACAUAAAUUUGACGACACUCUCUGUAGCUGGAGGAUUUCGAGAUUACCAAGUUCGUUCAGGAUUGACUUUUCUACCAAAAUUAAGCCAUCAUACCAGUGCCUUAUCUGUUGUGAGUUCAGCAGUGCCUAAGACCUGGGUCUCAACAGACCACCUCUCCAUAGUGUGGUGUAAACAAUUGCAACUGACUACAAUUCGAGCAUUCUUUGAUCUUAUUGAUGCUGAUACUAAACAAAUAACUCAAAAUUCUAAGAAGAAAUUGUCUGUUUUGAAUCAUCAUUUUAUAAGACACCCAGCAAAACAUUUUGAAGAAAAUCCAGCAAUAAUUUCUGACCUAACAGGCACAUCUAUGUGGGUUCCAGUAAAAGUGUCCAGGUGGACCUAUGUGGCUUAUAAUGAAUCUGACAAGAUAUAUUUUACAUUUCCUCUCGCAAAUCAUAGAAAAAUCUACACUCAUGUGUAUUGUCAGAGCACCAUGCUGGAUACAAAUAGUUGGAUUUUUGGCUGCAUAAACAGUACUUCAAUGUGCCGGCAAGGGGUUGAUCUAUCAUGGAAAGCUGAACUGCUGCCAACAAUUAAGUUCUUGACGUUACGACUUCAAGACUAUCCCUCCUUGUCUCAUCUUGUUGUUUAUGUGCCAUCUAUUCAUGGAAGUAAGUUUGUGGUGGAUUGUGAAUUCUUUAAAAAAGAAACAAGAUCCAUACAGCUUCCUGUAACUCAUCUCUUUUCCUUUGGAUUGUCUUCAAGGAAAGUGAUAUUAAAUUCAAGUGGCUUAUACUACAACAUAGAGCUUCUGAACUUUGGACAGAUAUAUCAAGCUUUUAAAAUCAACGUGGUAAGCAAGUGCUCCGCAGUCAAAGAAGAAAUAACUAGUAUCUAUAAACUUCAUAUUCCCUGGUCAUAUGAAGAUUCACUAACCAUUGCACAGGUUCCAUCUUCGACAGAAAUUUCUCUGAAACUUCAUGUUGCUCAACCAGAAAAUGAUAGCCAUGUGGCAUUACUAAAAAUGUACACAUCAUCAGACUGUCAGUAUGAGGUGACAGUUAAGACUUCUUUUCCACAGAUACUUGGGCAGGUGGUUCGAUUUCACGGUGGAGCUCUUCCUGCCUAUGUUGUGUCCAGUAUCCUUCUUGCUUAUGGAGGACAGUUGUACUCUCUUUUCACUACAGGUUACUGCUUAGAGUACGCCACCAUGCUGGACAAAGAAGCCAAGCCAUACAAGGUGGAUCCUUUUGUGAUUAUGAUUAAGUUUUUGUUGGGGUAUAAAUGGUUUAAGGAAUUAUGGGAUGCAGUAUUACUACCUGAAUUAGAUGCCAUCGUUUUAACUAGUCAGAGCAUGUGUUUCCCUCUUGUAUCCUUGAUUCUGUUUCUCUUUGGAACAUGCACUGCCUACUGGAGCGGUCUGCUCUCUUCCACAUCUGUGAGACUUCUUUCUUCAUUGUGCCUAGCUUUGAAAAGGCCUUCUGAACUUCCUAAAGAUACCAAGGUGAUAUCACCAGACUUACCGAUUGUAACAGUUGUCUUGUUCAUAGUCAGCUGGACAACUUGCGGAGCACUUGCUAUGCUUCUGUCUUACGUUUACUAUGUGUUUAAGGUUGUUCAUCUGCAAGCCAGCCUAACAGCUUUUAAGAAUAGUCAACCUGUGAAUCCCAAACACUCUAGAAGAAGUGAAAAAAAGUCCAAUCACCAUAAAGACACUUCAAUGCACCAUCUUCGUUUAUCUGCCAGUGAUACUGAAGACAGCCUCCGCAUGCACAGCACUGUGAUUAAUUUGUUAACGUGGAUUGUAUUGCUUAGCAUGCCGUCAUUAAUUUACUGGUUAAAGAAUCUUAGGUAUUAUUUUAAACUUAAUCCUGAUCCAUGUAAACCAUUGGUAUUUAUCCUUAUUCCAACUAUGGCAAUUCUUGGAAAUACUCACACAGUUUCAAUAAAAUCAAGCAAAUUGUUAAAGACUGCCUCACAGUUUCCGCUUCCCUUGGCUGUUGGUGUGAUUGCUUUUGGCUCAGCACACUUAUACAGGGUCCCAUGCUUUGUUUUCAUUCCUCUUUUACUCCAUGCAUUAUGCAACUUUAUGUAAGACUGGACUUAAGGAAUGACAGAAUGAUUUAUGCCAUUAGAGCCAGUAAUAGAGUGAACAUACAGACCCACCAACGUGAACAGCAAGGUCCUUUGGAGAAGACAAGUCUAUUUUUACAGUCUUGAAAAUAGGAAAUUAGUUUUGUAAUGCUUGAGGAAAGUAGUGAAGCAUGGUUUCAUUUCGUGGUGUAGCGUCUGUAUAGUAGUCAUUUUGAGAAGUGAGUGGAGGGAUGUGGCGACCACCAGCCUUGAGGACUCCUGCGCGCGCCAACUGCUCUGUUCUUCGUCUGCAUCAGGAUGCCUCCGGGAGCCUCCACAGAUGCAGCCUUGUUUGUAAUCUCACGUGAAGCUUCCAUUUGUUUUGUCAAACGUUCUUCUGAAAAGUGGUUUUUACAUUUGCCAUAGUUUACAUAUUGAAAAUAAGUCCUACGAGAUUGUUGAAAUUCACAACUGCUUCUCAGAAAUGAAAGCCUCAAAGGAACCUUUGGUCAGGUUUUGGCAGCCAUGCUGAACGAGGGUAGAUCUUGUGUCCUCUUACAUCUGUGGGAAACUCUUCCAUUGUAAGGAGAUAGAUUUUCGUUAACCAAUGCAAAACUGAUAGAUGGAGGUAUGAUUCACAUUCAUUAUGUAUCCAUUGGAAUCCGUCAUUUGAUUAGUUGUCCUGGUGGCUGCCAAAGUGCCUCAGUGAUGAUCAGUUGUGAAAACAGGCAAAUUACAGUGGCUGGAAACAGCUACAUUGGCACCAUUUUUAUCUUCCUGUUGGGAGAAAGUCAAUACACAAUCAAGCCCCAUAUUGUAUUGAAUGUGAAAACUAAACUCUUCCUAGGGUAACAGUAAGUGACUGGUACCCCAUUAAUACCAUAAAUAUGAACAUUAGAUCUGAACAGAUUGGAGACUUUAGCCACUAGGUUUAACGGUGGGGUCUUGAUUUGCCUGGAUCACUCCAAGGAUUACUGUCUGACCAAUGAGGGUGACAUUUCAUUUCUUUUAAAAUUUCAAUUCACUGUUAUCUACAAAAACAUGAGGAAGAAAGUCAUGGAUCAAAGAAGAAUCUAGUUCCUCUUUGCCUUCGGUUGGAAAGUCAGGCUGAGAUGGGCCUGGCUCUCGGGGCCCUCCACUUAGAUGGGGCUGCUCUAAACACCCAGACUUCUCAAGCAAAUCCUUAAGUUUCAGUGAUGCUGCAGUUGCCCUUGAGAACGGGUGUCCUUACUUGUACCAGGAAUGUCCUACUUGUCAUGUCUGUUGCUGCACCUGCCAUCACAGCCUCUCAGCAACUACUGCCAACUAGAGGUUCCUCUCCUUUACUCGCUCUCCAAGCUGCUCCCUGCCCCGUCAGUCCUUCCUCUUCAUGUUAUCUGUCACCAGUGCGGUUUGUGGGCGUGUGUGAUCCCACUGUCCUCUUUUUCAGUUUCAAGCUUCUUGUUUGGGAUUCAUACCGUCACUUACUAAGACCAUGAAAGGAAAGUGAGCGCCUCACCCUAGACAUGCUCUUGUUUCAGAGAAGUAUGACAAAGGAUAAACUUAGAGCACUUGGGUGCUGAGUAUAUGAGAGGAAAGAGAAUGUAAUCAAUUAUACACUUGAUUCAUGGGCAGCCCCAGUGUGUGUUUAAAAGGGGAUCUAUCUGUUUAAAUUUUGCCAUACACAUACGUUUAUACAUGUGGCAUAUUUUAUUCUGCUACUAAUAUAUAGUUUAUCUCAAGUUAGAGGUUAAAUGUAUGAUUUAUCUUUAUGAAUUCGAACUUAGGCCUGUAUAUAGGACAAUUCAUUAAUUUGGAUCUUUAUUGACAGCCAUGAUCAUUCAUGAAAUCUGAAGUCUCCUUGUUGAAUGAGUACUAAUCAUGAAUAAAAUGUAGCAGACUUGAGUCUGUCACUCAUGAGUAGGACAUUCAUUUUGAAAGCAGCAGAUUAGGCACACUAAUUCUCAAAAAAAGUUUUUGGGUGAAUGUACUUACCAAUAAGGGCCUAUUUAAAUCAGGAAAACAUUUCAUUUCAAGGACUGUAGAAUGGAUUCUAAUGAACCAUUCUAUCAACAAUAGAAACGUGGACCUUUAGCUAUUCAAGACAUACACAGAUACACAUACAUGUAUACAGUCAGACAUAGUUUGACAGAGCCUUCAUCAAGCACUUUACACAAUAGCUAGGUAGGUUCUGUCUGAAGAUUAGCAACAUUUCUGUCACUUGUAAAGGAAAUUCCUUCCCCUCAAAAUUAUGUUUUAUCAAGCCAGGUGCGAUGGUCACACCUUUAAUGCCAGUACUCACAAGGCAGAGGUAGGAGGAUCACCAUGAGUUCGAGGCUACCCUGAGACUACAGAGUGAAUUCCAGGUCAGCCUGGGCCAGAGUGAGACCCUUCCUCAAAAAAUGAAAACAAAAAGUUAUGUACUAUCAUGUUUACAACGUACAUUAGUAGCUGAUUAAAAUAGUGCAGCCCUAUUAGCAACAUUCCUAAAAAUGAAGUUAUUUAUUGGCAAUUGAACUAGAGAAUACUACAGCAAAUUUCUGAGUUCCAGUGUUAUAGUAUUUUAAAACAAGAAAUUGGGCUGGGGAGAGUUCACUGUGCAGAGUGCUUGUCUGGUGCAUAUACAGCCCCUGCACUGCACAAGCUAGGCAUGGUGGUUCACUCCUGUAAUAACCCCAACACUCAGGGGCUGAGGCAGGAAGAUUAGGAGUUCAAGGUCAUCCUUAGCUACAUAGGGAGUCUAGAGUCCAGACUACAUGAGACCUUGUCAACAAACAGAGUUAAUUUGGAGAAACCACCUUAUUUCUCAGUAUUUCUGAAGCUCCCUGUUAGAGUUAUCACUAUCAUAAUAGAAAUUGCUUGUGUGUGUGCAUACAUGGAUUUGCAUACAUGUGUGUACACAUGAGUCCCAAGGAUUGAACCCAGAGCAUUGUGAAUGCUAAGCAUGUACUCUACCUCUGACCUAUACUCCAAGUCCUUAUUUAUAUGCAUAUAAUUUUUUUUUUUUUUUUGCUGAAUUGAUUCAUGUCAAAAAUAAAACCAGUGCCACUAACUUUUUUCUUGGUUAUCCCCAUAAUGAAAAUAUUUUAAAGUUAUUCUAAAGAAGCUUUUUACAUGUAGUUAACAUUGAUUUUGAACCUAUUCAGUAUAUACUAAGCAUAUAUAUAAAUACAAAAUUUUUCAUAAUUUUAAAUACAUACCUUUUGUUGAAUAAACUUACACAGUAUUCAUGUAAUUAUCUAGUGAAGAAGAACCAGAGGCCGUAGUUGGCAGGCCUGUUAACCGUCGCUCGUGUGACCAUCACACACAAUUUGUACAAGGCAGAUUUUGUUCAUUAUCUAGUCCCCGUGCUUUCCUUAACUCUGCGUACUUUUCACUCAUUGCAUAACACAUUCACCCUUGAGAACUCAGCAACACUUACAGAAAUGGUCAGAGGAACUAAAGGAAGUAAGACUGGGCUUUCAAUUUAGUUCAUUUUUUUAAUUUUUAUUAGUUUUCUAUUCAGCAAAUAUAGGCAGUUUGGUACCAUUAUUAGGCUUAUCCAUGACCUACCCCCUCCCCAGUGGCCCCUCCUUGUUGAUGUAUGUGGGU